UUGUUGACAUGUGGCUGUCAAUGAACAGCAGGCAGUAGUGAUGGGUCAUGCGCACAAGCAUCGGCUCUGAGAGCCGGCUCUUUGUAGUGAAUCAGAAGAGCCGGCUCGCAUCGAGUGAGAGCCGGCUCCCAGUUUUUUGCCCAUUCGCUGCUUAGGUUUCACUUUCACAGAGGUCUGUUAUGAUUGGCCAGCAUGGCGACCAGCAUGCGGCAUUCACGUGAGAAUUAAGGAUGUGUAAACAGAGAGGGGGCGGGGCAGACACACCACUUGACUCCACUGCAAGUGAAGAGAGAGACAGAGCGGACUGAGGAGCGUGUGUGCGUCUUGCAUUGUCGUGUCGUUUAACUAUGAGUGACACUAGAAAGCGAAGCAGCAUCUGGCUGCAGUUUAAAGAUAUUGGGAACAAGAAAGCAGAGUGCCUUCACUGCAAAACGAAGGUCACUAUAAGAGCAGGUUCCACCACAAACCUGCAUAGACAUACAAGAACUGUCCAUCCUACAGUGCAGUUAGAGGAGAGAGGGCAAGCCAGCUCACCAUCUACUGAUCCUGGUGUGUCUCAUACCAGAACAACAGCUGCUGUAACGUCUACUGCCAUCCCCAUGCGUGCAAGUAUAACCUCUCCUACUGCAACUCAAAGCAAAAUAAGUCAGUUUUUACCUAAACUGAUGACCCCAGCCAAACAGCACAGUAUUGAUGAUGAGUUGGCUAAAAUGGUAGCUUCUGAUUUUCAACCCUUUUCCAUUGUGGAGGACAAAGGAAUGAAAAACUUUGUCAAAGCCCUAAAUCCCACAUACACUCUACCCAGUAGAAAAACACUUUCCCAAACAAUGAUCCCAAAACUAUAUGACACAGAACGUGCAUUAUGGCAAGAAAGGGUGACAAAAGCUCCAUCAGUUUGCCUGACAACUGACUGCUGGACCUCCAGAACAACCUGCUCUUUCAUGUCUGUCAAUUGCCACUUUAUUGAAGAUUACAAGAUGACAUCUUGCCUUCUGGACUGCUUCGAGUUCACCGACAGACACACUGCAGAAAACUUGGCAGUGGAGCUACUAAGAGUGGCAAAAGAGUGGCAAGUAGAGGACAAAGUGGUGUGCUGUGUGAGUGAUAAUGCUGCAAACAUCACCAAAGCCAUAAAAGUUUUGAAGUGGACCCAUCACCCAUGUCUGGCGCAUACACUAAACCUGGUGGUUAGAGAUGCUCUGAAGGUGAUCAAAACAACCGUGGAUAAGGUGAAGGCUGUUGUGGAGUUUUUCCACAAAAGCACAGUAGCAGCACAGAAGCUAAAGUCCACACAGCGCCAAAUGGGGAUUCCUGAACUGAGGCCCAAACAAGAGUGUGCCACCAGGUGGAACUCAACAUUUGAUAUGUUGAAACGAAUGCUUGAAAUAAAAGAUGCCAUCAUCUCCACCCUGGCCCUCAUCAACGCAUCUAUUGAGCCAUUAAGCCAAGAGGAAUGGGAGCUGGUGAAAGAGGUCUGCGCCGUCCUGCAACCAUUCCAGGAGGUGACUGUGGAGAUAAGUGCAGACAGGUACCUAGAACCAUUGAAGCAUUGUUUUCUCUACUACUAUUCAGUCACUAUUAUACAUUGCAAACACAACACAUACAGUAUAAUGCAUCACGUAUAAUAUGCCACAUACUUUUAAAAAACUAAAUUCUAAAAGUUGCUGUUUUCUCUCCUUCAGCUAUGUCACAGCCUCGAAAAUGCUCCUGCUUUGCAAAGGUCUGCAGCUGGUGACAGCCGAGAACCAAUGGACAGUAACUGUGCAGAAAGUGAAGGAAUUAGUUGCAGCUCUUUGUUCAGCCAUGGACCGCAAAUUUCUGCGGAUGGAGUACAACACUGUCCUUUCAGAAACUACCUUAUUGGAUCCAAGGUUUAAAAAACUUGCCUUCAGUGAUCGUAGAGCUGUUGAUGAAGCUCUUCAGAGGAUUAGUGCAGCAGCAGCAGCAAAAUGCACCCCCAGCAGCCAGCCAGCUCCACCAUUACAGGGCCAAGUGGAGGAGGAGCAGCAAACCUCUGCUGUUUGGAGGCUUUUUGAUGACAGAGCUACAGGAGAUGCUUCAAGGAGAAAUCCGACAGCUGAUGCUAUAAUGGAGGUGAGGAGCUACCUUGAGGAGCCCCUCAUCCAGAGAGCAGAAGACCCACUGAGCUGGUGGCAGGCCAAGGCCUCAGUCUUUCCACUCCUGGUGAAGGUGAUGGAGGGGAGACUAUGUAUUGUUGCCACAUCAGUUCCUUCUGAGAGAAUCUUCUCCAAAACAGGGCAGAUACUCACGGAGAGGCGAAAUCGUAUCAGGCCUAUCAGCCCAUCCAAGCUGAGGCAUCUGAUCUUCCUGAAUGCCAACCUGCCCUGAGGACUAAUGCUGUUUGCUGGAGUUUGGUUCUGGUUUUGAUUCUGUUCUGUGGAUUUGUUUGAAGUUUAUUGUUAAUUUGUGCAAUAAAAAAGUUUAAUUGAAAUAAACAAAUGUAAGAGUGGUUUUGUCACAGAAUAAAUGCACAGAAUUAGGCAUUAUAAGGUCUCUCAUAAAAACACUGAAAGCAAAAGGGUUUUCAACACAUAAACCAUGAUUUUUUUUCAAAGUUAAGGUAAAAUAUAGGCUACAAAAGAUCCUAAAUAAAGAGCCGUUCGGGAGUCGAAAGAGCCGGCUCUUCUUUGGGAGCCGAGUCAAAAGAGCCGGCUCUCAGAAAAGAGCCGAACUUCCCAUCAUUAGCAGGCAGCAGCAGCUAGAAGGUAUUUCUCAAUAUUUC